GAGCCAGGAAAUACUUUUAAAAAAGAAACCACGAGUGGCCCGAGAGAAGCUGCUGACCCACAUUUAAAGGACCAUUACGCAGACUUCAUGUUCGGGGCCUGAGCUUCGGCUUCACUCGGAGGUGCUCGGGUGUUGUCGGCUGUGUAGCAGAGGGCAGUGCAGUCAGUCAGUCAGUGGGAGCGCGGCGGCGGCUCCCUCAGCUCCGGAGACGAGCACGCACGCACACCUGGUCCGACCGAGGAGGAGAGUUCAGCUCCUGACGUCCGCACAGGUGAGUUCGCCCGGAUCCAAACUUCUGACAACUUCUGAAAACUUUUCUCGGCGCAGGAAAAUGCGUCAGAGGAGGAGCAGAGCCGCAACUUUUACGCAUGUGAGCGGCAGACAUAGGGAAAGUGGUCGUUUUUAAUUGCUCCCGGGUUAAUCGCUGGAGGAAUGCGGAGCCACUAGGACGAGAGCGCAGAGCUGAAAGUUCGCAUCAACUCACAUUCACUUUUUAUUUGCACCAACUUGGCGAGCCAGCCUCUCCAAAAAGGGAUCAUGGCCACCGGCGGAUUUAAGCCGAACGCCACCACGGACUUUCUGGAGGAGUGGAAGGCGAAGAGGGAGAAAAUGAGGGCCAAGAUGCUGGGGGACAUUGCGGCAGCGAGCGGGGCUCCUCUGGGCUCCGGCAACCCGAACAGCACCGGGAACAACAGCCGCCUCGUCGCUGCGCCGGGCACCGAGCUCACCAACAACGGCAACCCGGUACGAAGCGCCUCCUCCGGGAACUGCCUCCCCUCCUCCCACUCGGUGGCUCGGUCCUCCUCCGGCUCGGCUCUGAAGAGACCCGAGGAGGAGGAGGAGGCGCACCACCCCGCUCACCCUGCAGCCUCCCCGGCGAGCAACCUGAAGAAGGCCCCGCCUCAGCCGGACAAGGCUCCGUGCGCCUCCCCGGACUCCAGCCUGGUGAUGGCGUGCAACGACAGCGACAAGGAGAGUCCGUCACCCGGGAAGGGGAAGGAGAAGAAGAGCAGCGGACCCAGCGCCAGGAAAGGGAAGGGGCAGAUAGAGAAGAGGAAGCUGAGGGAGAAGAGGAGAUCCACAGGUGUUGUCAGCAUGCCAUCCAAUGAGCAGACGUGCACAGAUGUGACAGAUUUCAGUCAGAAUCGAAUCCAGAGCCACGUUAGUGUGAAUCCUCCAGACUUCUAUGAUCAAAUCUCCAGCCUGGAUACGAACACCACAGUCUGGCUUUAUUCUUGGUUUCUUCCAUCUUGUUCUCCUCGAUCAGUUUCCUGCUAAACACCAAACUGUGAGAAUCCAGAGGUUCGCUCAGUGGUGAAGAGUCUCUGAGUU